UUUCCACUGGUGUGUGUGUGGCCCGUGCACGGCUUAGCGUCGCUCGAGAAGCCUCUGCCAGUCCUCUUCAGCGCAAGAUGCUCGUUUGGGAGGCGAAGCACCUCACCGAAUUUGAGAGCUUUGUGCAGAGCCCUGGAGCUUGGUGUUGUCUCUUUUCGUUGCGCUUAUCGAAAUCGGGUGGGAAUAGUAGUACCGUGGUGCUGA